CUACAAUAGUGAAAAACUAUACGCGCUUGUAUAUGUCAUAAAAAAACAUGGGAUCCCAGAUACAAGUAAUAAUGAUUCACUUCAAAUUGAAUGACCUUGGAGUAAGUGAGCGUGUGUUAAAUUUUGUUUGCGUGUUUUUCUCUUAACAAGUGGUUCUAAUGAAUGAUAUCCGACAAGGAAACGAAUAGAUAACUAACUGCAUGUUUGCUCACUUUUUGGACUUGUGUUUUGUAUUGACCACACAGAAGACUCUGUGGCAUCGCAAAUAUAAUGUCGGAUAAUCCAGAACAGUGCUCAAAUUAUCUAAAGAUAAUCCGACUGCUAGUUGAUCUUGGAACAAAAACAGCACGUGACAUAUUUUAUCACUUCAAACCAAAAUCAAAUGUGCCGUCUUUCUUUGGAAGUACAACUAUAGGUAGUGAAAUAUUUGACUUAAAAAGGAGACGUGUUAUAACUGAAAAACAGUAUAUGAAGUUAAUAAGUAAUCCAGAUCCUGAUGAGUUUGACCUUUCCCUUAUUCUUACACUUCUUACAAAUAUUUUCAUUGGCAUGAUUGAUCCGCCUAGAAAUGGAUGGCACGGACCUUUAGAUAAAACCGAUUUUUCUCUUGGAGCCGAUCUUAUACGUUUAAAAGAAUUACGCAAUUCUACAAUAGGUCACAGUGUAAAUGCAAAAAUUAAUUCGGGGGAUUUUGAAACACUUUGGAAUCAGAUUGAAGAAGUGUUGGUUCGACUGAAUAAACAUAUCUACGGCAACGAUGAACUUGAGAUAAACGCUUUAUUAGAAAAUUAUAAAAAGAGCUGCCUAGAUCCAUGUCAAUUACAUGAGAAGAAUUAUAUAGAUAUACUUCAGCAUUGGUGUAAAGAGCUAAAGGAAGAGGUAGAUGAUCUAUGGGAGAAGACAAAGGAGUUUGAAUGUUUUUUCGAAGAAGUACCUGAAUGCUAUUCACGCUAUGCCUCACUUCUAAAUUAUGGAGGAAAACUUGUUUUAGAAGCGGUUUUAAAGCGUGAUGGAUUAAAGCAAUCAAAAGACAUUAAAGAAUUUCUUCAAAACAAUGAAGAAAGACUGAAAGAGUAAAUUCCAAACUUGAAUGAUAUGCUUCAAGACAUUGACCAGGAUACAUCACAGCUAAACUUUCAUUCAUGGGAUAUCUCUUCAAUGUGUUUUACGGUGUUAUGUUUAUGUAAACUGUCAUUUCUUGAAAAGGAUGCAAUACAAACAAUCAAAGAUGCACGUGAAAACUAUGCUGAUAUUGCAUUGGCGUCAUUAGAUGCUGGUAAAUUCGGUUCGUAUUGGGGAGAUCUUAAGUCAAGUUUAUAUACGUUGUCAAGUGGCCAGGACGAUGUUGUUCAGAUAAAGUGUAAAGCCCUAGUAGAAAAGUAUUCUAAGGAAUGUUUUGACAAGACUGCCACGAAGAAGUUGCUUGGACAACUUAGCGAGGGAAAUGGACAGCUAAAACGUCUGCGAGACACAUAUAAAGAAACAAGUAAAAGAUUAAAAGAAGUAGCAGAGGACAUGGAACGACAUGGUAUUCCCUUUAAAGAAGAAAAAGUAAUGACACUAAAAAUGAUAACUAAGGGAAACAGAGAAGAGAGGCGAAAAGUUGCUGAAGAUAUAUUAUAUACGGUUUGGCAGAAGGCUUUAGAUGUUACAGGUGACUCACAGGAAUUCCCGACGGUUGAAAAAGCUGUCAAAAACAUCCUUGGUGAAAUAAAGGCCAUGGAUGACGUUAAAUUGUCAAAUGUGACAAAGCAUUGUGUGCUUUUGACGUUUAAUUGCACUUCAUGUUCUGGGCUCCUUAGCUUAAUUGCAUACUUUGACAGUAUUAAAUUCAAAGAUCACAAGUUGAAAGUCGACAGAGCAUUGACAGAGCAUUGCAACGAUUAUAUCCAUAUAACAGGCUACGUCACACUGGAUAGUAUGCAAUGUCUUAUAAACAAAGCAAACAAAAACGAUCAAGUGGAUGAUUCCAACUGUAUUUAUCUUCCGAUUUCCUGCAAAUCCAUUUCUGCAGUAAAACACAUUCAACAACUAUUUGAAGAUGGGAAUGUAUCGAAUUUUGAAAAUUUAGUAUCGUACGCCCUUUCCUCAGAAACUGAUGCAGAAAUUAUCGUUAAAUCUGAGUUGGAUCUGAAGGGAUUAAAUUACAUGUUUAAUCCGUCAGGAAAAUCCGGUGACACAACAGAUUCCGAUCAAACAAAAUUUGAUGAUGAUAAAUCUACAACAACUUUAAGUAGUCAAUAUUCCGACACUAGUCAGUUGCCUUCUGAACCAACAUAUGACUAUGUUCAAUCUUUAUUAGAUUUUUUAACACGUAAGCGUGUUGUACAUGUGGUUGGAAUGAAAUAUAUCGGAAAGUCAUAUCUAAUGAACAAACUAUGUUGUGAAUUGCAAAGAAGAAAUAGGUUUUGUAUUUUCAAGAGCUUUGAAAAUAUUGAAGUACAAUCGCCCAUGAUACAAUAUCAUAUCUUUCAUGAAGCACUCAAUAACUUCGAUGAAAAUGUAGGCACAGCAUAUUUCAAUGAAUGUUUUCCACAGAAACUUUUAAUGUGCGGGACUUGUAACAGCUGUAGAGUAGGACUACAAUCAUUUAGAGCAAAUAAUUGGAAGUGCUUGAGAAAGGCCGUUACGUUGAAAAAAGCUUUUACUGCAUUAACUUUAUGUAUGAAGAUAUGCAAGGAAGAGAUCACACUGAUUCUAGAUUCCUCUGAUCAAAUGUUGAAUUGCAAUAGUUUCAUACACUUUCUCAAGACAACAUCUACAUUGUGUCCAAAUGUAAGGAUAGUAUUUGCGUCAAGGCGUCAUCUUUCUUUCGAUUUUGAAGGUUGGGGAAAAUUUGAAUUGAAUCCAUUGAGUCAGAAACAAAUUACUUCACUAUUCUUUAAUAUCACGGAAUGUGAAAAGGAUCAGACAAAACGUCUUUUGAGUAGUACAAACAGGGAUAUCCCCCUGUUACAAGAAAAUUUGGUCUUUACUCCCGCAAACAAAGACAUUAUAUUGGCAGUUACAUAUUUAUUCAACGGUUUGCCUAUCGUCGCAGUUAUUGCAGGCCAACUUCUCAGAAAUAGUUCAAUGACACUUGAAGAUCUCAUCGAAGUUCUCAUUCAAGCUCGACUGGAAUGUUUAGUCAAUGAGCUUACAGAAAGAUAUCAGCAGGAAAACGAGAACAUGAAAUAUGGUGACCAAGCAAGAUGUGAUUACAAUGACCCGAUGAAUUUACUGAUUCAUGCAUAUAAAGAAUCUGUCAACUACACGGGAAAGAGUGUCGUAAGCUUUCAGUACAGUUAUCAGGAAAUGGAAGAAGCAGCCGCUUUCCUUUUAACAGAGUUACAAAGUGAAACGACUGGUUAUGGGCAUGUUUCUAGUAAUUUAUCGGAACCGGAUUUGACCUAUACUUCACCCACAUCUGGAACAAUCCACAAAGAAUGUGCAUCUGGUGUUCAAAUUGAACAUGAUACUUGGACAACUGAACAUGAUGCCAACAAUCAACGAAUGAGAUAUGGGAUGCACUUAAACGAUCAAGAUAAUAUUGUACCUAAAAACGUUAAAAUGACCAAACAUCCCAGGAAAACAUUUGAUCAAACGUCUCAGGCUGUGUCACAUAAAGCAGUUCCUAACUUGGGUCUCACUCAAAGAAAUAUAAAACGUUUCAAAUUUGGUAGAUUGUUAUUGAAAUCAUUGAAAACCCAUUUUAAAAGCAAACUUAAAACAAUCUUGUAUUAAAAUUGUGUACCAUAGUCACGCCAUGGCUGAUUUUAAAUUGAUUAAUAAUCUUUUUAAAUUUUUUGAUACUCAAUUAUCAAAGUAUCAAUUAUCAAAGCUAAAACUUAUGUAACAAUAUAAUAUUAAAUCUAACUUUUUAACGUAUCUUUAAAUACAUGUUAUUUACAUUGAAACUGAAGCAAGUACAUUUUGACAUUUUAAAUUGUCUAAGAAUCAUAUGGUUUUAAUUGUACUGAUUGAUAUUUUGAUUUCAUCAAUUGACUUGAGAUUAUAGCUUAUUCAAUAUUUAAUGUUAUACUCGUAGUAAUUAUGUCGUUUCAUAACAACAAGUAAUAAAGAAAUGUUAAUAAAGAUCUAACAUAUGAUACAAAUAAAAUACAGAUGUGAAAACUAUUAUACAUAACUUGGAUUCUUUUGUUGACAUUUACGAUCUUGUAUAUACUUAUGCUCCCUUCGCAGCUCACUGAAUACACUCACGUUACUUCAAAGUGAGCGAUAGUGAAACAUUCGACCGAUGCGCAGGAGAAUAGUAUAUACUUAUCCCCUUUUUAUUAUUCUUAAGAUUUUUUUACUAUUACGAUCCUUGGCUCUGAACGUUUUUGAAAGUCGAAUAGGAAACCCGCUAUAACUAUGUGUAAAUUGUUACUUUGCAUAUAUACUUUUGCAUGGACCGGGUUUCUUAAAUUUAGUAUUGUGUUGUCUUAUAAUAUUUGCAUUAUAAAAUGAUCUCUGUUAUGAAAAUUACGAGUAUGAAAAUUACAAUACUGACAGACUUUAGUAUGGACAAUAAUGAAAUAUCGUUUCAUUUCAUGAUGUAAUUAUUCGUUCAAUUAAGUUUAAAAGUCAAAAUAUUUUAAUAUUAAUGAUCAACGUUUAGAAAACAAAUUAAUUUUGAUCAAACGAUACAAAUUAUCAUUUCAGAUAACACAUGAAAUUUCUAUUGCACACUUCACUUUAUGAUCUUGUUUAUCAUCCUUCACUUUAUGAUCUUGUUUAUCAUCCUCAUGU